AUGUCUCAACCAUGCGCCAUCCAUGCUUGUGAUCGUACAGCAUGUGCUCUAUGUCAUUGCUGUCAACAAAACAUCUGUGUCGUUCAUUUGAAUGAACAUAAUAACUAUCUCAACAGUCGACUACAUCCAUUCGUUGACACGAUUCAAUCAUUAGAUGCUCAUCUGAAAUCGAUUGAUAUUGCGACUGUCGCCGAUGCUUAUCGACAGCAACUUGAACACUGGCGAGCGGAUUCUCAUCAGAAGAUCGAUCACUAUGUCGAACAAAAAUAUCGAGAAGUCGAACGAUUGUUGAAAGACAAAGUCAAUGAAGAACGCGAUGAAAUCAAUCAAGUUCACAACAAAGUUAAUAAACUAAUUCACGACCAACAGAUGAACCGUACUGAUUUCCACGAAUUAUCAACGAUGGUCGAUUAUUUAGAAAGACAAGUGAACAAUCUGCAUGAGAAUUUUAUUGAUAUUCAAAUACGACCAUUAGUAGUAGAUGCGAACUCGAUUUAUAUCCGGGGGAUAAACGAAGAAGUCUAUAACUUAUCGAUUCUUUCGCCAACUUAUCGGACUAUUCAUCAACCUGAAGGGAGUUAUCGUAUAUUAUCUAGUAAUGAUCGCAUACUUUUGAUGCAUCAAACACCUAAUCUAUGCCUUGUAAAUGAAGACUUACUAAUCUUCAAACAAGUUCCGUGGCGGAAUGGAAAGGUUUUCGAUGUAUGCUGGUCAACAACAUUGAAAUGUUUUGUUUUAACUACAGCGAAAAGUGUUUUUCUUCUCAGCGAAAACGAUAUGUCAAUUGAAAAAAUAAAAGCUCUUGAAAAACGCAAAUGGUUAUCAUGUACAUGUUCGGAGAAAUGUCUUUUUCUCUCAACGAACGAAUCGCACUCGUCCAUUAUGAAAGUUACUCUCGCAUCAACGAAGAAAUUCGAUCAUCAAUGGCAAUCGAAUAUAUGCAAAUCAGAAGAAAUCAUCGAUACUCUUCGAUAUGAUAAAGAAAACCUUGCCGUGAUAAUCAAAAAUCACUCCGAGAAUACAACACGAAUGGAUUUACGAUCAGCAGAAACAUUAAGACCCAUUUGGUCGUUCAUUCUCGAUGUCACAUGGUGUCCUACUAAACCACUGCAUUGUUGUCCAUUCAUCGCAGAGGACUGGCUAAUUAGUGACUUCGAAUCAGGACGUUUAUUACAUAUAACAAAAACAGGUAACGUUAAUUCAAUAAUAUCAUAUAAUACAAUUCCAUACAGAAGUACUUUAUUCGGUACACAUGUCUUAGCUAUUUCCACAGAAGAUGGCGUGAAUUUUCAUAAAUUAAAUUAUAAGAAAACCUACACUAUUUUUGUUUUGUGA